UCGGGUGGAAGAAGUCGUAUGCCGACGGAUGUAAUCUUGGCAGAGAAUUCCCUCUUCUCCCUGGGCAUACAUGGUGAAACUCCCAUGGGAUCAGAGCGUAUGGAGAUGCGAAAGCGUCAGAUGUCGGUGCAGCAGGAGUCGAUGGCGGGUGGCACGACACCGACCCAGCAGGACCCUAACCAGAGCCAGAACCAGGGGAACCAGAACCAGGGGAAUCAGAGCCAGGUGAACCAGAGAGGGAACAACGCCUGUUGCUUCUGCUGGUGCUGCUGCUGUAGCUGUUCCUGGAACGAGGAGCGUGAGGAGAGGAACCGGCGGGCAUCCUACGACCUCAAGGCUGAGGGAACGGCCGACUGUGAGGACAGCCCCCCUCCCACUCUGGAGGAGGUCCGUUCCUGGGCCCAGUCGUUUGACCGACUGAUGUCGUGCGCUGCUGGCCGAGUGGCGUUUAGGUUGUUCCUGUGUACAGAGUUCAGUGAGGAGAACAUGUUGUUCUGGCUGGCUUGUGAGGAGUUCACCAAGGAAACCAACAAGACCUCCAUUGAGGAGAAGGCACGGGUCAUCUACGAGGACUACGUCUCCAUCCUCUCACCCAAAGAGGUGAGUCUGGACUCCCGUGUUCGGGAGGUGAUCAACAAGAACAUGUUGGAGCCGUCGUCCCAGACCUUCGUUGAUGCUCAGGUGCAGAUCUACACGCUGAUGCAAAGAGACUCCUACCCCCGAUACAUGAACUCCCCCGCCUACAAGAACCUGCUCAACUCCCUCUCAGAGCAGGCCCCUGAGUCCUAACUCAGCACUGUCAAGCAGGCCCCUUAGUCCUAACUCAGCACUCUCAGAGCAGGCCCCUGAGUCCUAACUCAGCACUCUCAGAGCAGGCCCCCGAGUCCUAACUCAGCACUCUCAGAGCAGGCCCCCGAGGCUUAACUCAGCACUCUCAGAGCAGGCCCCUGAGUCCUAACUCAGCACUCUCAGAGCAGGCCCCUGAGUCCUAACUCAGCACUCUCAGAGCAGGCCCCUGAGUCCUAACUCAGCAAUCUCAGAGUAGGUCUCCGAGUCCUAAGUCAACACUCUUUGUUCUAGAGUCUUAGGUGACAAUAAACCUGGGAUCGUCUCUCUUUUCUCAUUUCCAUUUGGUUUGAAUGUUAGUGAAGAGAAGGGGUGGCCAACCUUCCUCCUGGAGAGCUAUUAGGUGUGCUAUAACUGCCUGCACACCCAGUAGCUCUCCAGGAGUGUAGAGGAUGUGAAGCGGGCCUCUGACCUGACCUAGCGCUGUCCCCAUGACCUGGCUCCGCGCUACAGAGAUGUCACCUGACUAAAGACACUCAGGGUUUUACUGUCCGAGAAGUCUACUCGCCUAGGGCUAUACUAUUCUGAAGGCUCUAUUCUACUGGGCUCAGCUCCUCUGAGGGUGAGGGCUCUACUCUCCCGAGGGCUCUACUCCCCAAGGGCUCUAUUCCACCUAGGUCUCUACUAUCCUUAGGGUUCUACUCUACCUAGAGCUCUACUGUCCUGAGGGUUCUACUCCACCUAGGUCUCUACUGUCCUGAGGGUUCUACUCCACCUAGGGCUCUACUGUUCUGAGGGUUCUACUCUUCUGAAGGCUGUACUCCCCUGAGGGUGAGGGUUCUACUCCACCUAAGGCUCUACGGUCCCAGCUCUCUAUUCCACAGCGGCUCUACUCCCUUAAGGCUCCAUUCCCCCCAGGACUCUACUCCCUUAAGGCUCCAUUCCCCCCAGGGCUCUACUCCCUUAAGGCUCCAUUCCCCCCAGGGCUCUACUCCCUUAAGGCUCCAUUCCCCCCAGGGCUCUACUCCCUUAAGGCUCCAUUCCCCCCAGGGCUCUACUCCCUUAAGGCUCCAUUCCUCCCAGGCCUCUACUCCCUUAAGGCUCCAUUCCCUCCAGGGCUCUGCUCCCUUAAGGCUCCAUUCCCCCCAGGGCUCUACUCCACACCACCAUUACUGCUCCAGAUCAACACACUCCAAAGGAAUAUAUAGUUUUAGAAAAAAAUAAUCUACAUUUUAUUUGUGUACAAGUUAUUUUAUUGUGUGUUAUGAUUGUUUAUUAUUUGUAUAAUUGUUUGGACGGGCAAAUGAUGCCUACUUGUGGGCAAUAUUAUAUAUAUUUAUGCGUUUGUAAAUAGACAAAAGGGAAUUGUGGGUAAACUGCAUAUGAGAAUCAAGUGGGUCUCCCAAUUGACACCCUUGAUUCACUAUAUAGUGCACUGCCUAAUGGGCCCUGGUCUAAAGUAGUGAACUAUAUAGGCAAUAGGGUGCAGUUUGGGACCCAAGUCAAAUCUACGUUAUACAUUUAUUUCCUCCAAAAUGGCUCCCUAUCCCCUACAUAGAGCACUACUACAUUAUAAUCUAUGGGAAUAAUCAAAUCAAAUUAUAUUCGUCACAUGCUUCGUAAACUGGUGUAGACUAACA